AUGCGGGCCUCAAGAGCUGGGGUCGUCGUCUUGUCUUGUUCGGACCCACGACUGAACCCAUACCAGAUUUUGGGCAUCGACGAAACACUUAAGGCUACCAUGGUGCGAAAUGCCGGAGGCAGAGCAUUUGACGCAAUUCGAACUUUGUCUGUACUCCAGACCAUUGGUGCCCCAGGGACAAUUGUUGUAAUGCAUCACACUGACUGCGGAAUGACCCAUUUUCACGACGCCGACAUUAAAAAAGCGCUUGUGGAAAUCGCACCACAAGAGAAGACUUCAAUCGAAGCUAGUAAAUUUGGAGAAAUUAAAAACAGUAUCAGAGAGGACAUUGAGCUCCUCAAGGCUUCGCCUCUGAUCAAGGACGAUACGCAGAUAAUUGGUCUCGCAUAUGACACUGCUACAGGUGCUCUUACAGAAGUGGAAGAAGCAAAGAGCGCGUUAUGA